AUGUGUGGGACAAUAUGCAAGACCAUCCACUAUUCAAUGCCUGAGGAAAAGAAAAGUGGGUCUCUGGUGGCUAACGUGCUGAAGGAUUUGAAAGUGGAUGUAAAGGAACUGUCUGCUCAUACAGUCCAGUUGGUUUCUAAGAGCUCCAGGCAGCAUUUCCAGCUAGAUACCCAUUCUGGGAAUAUGAUCAUAAAUGAUAAAAUAGACAGAGAGGCUCUGUGUGGUCAAACUGAUCCUUGUAUCUUACUCUCAGAAAUUGUGCUGAAAAACCCAUUGCAACUUUACAGAAUUGAAGUUCAGAUAGAGGAUGUGAAUGAUAAUUCCCCCCAAUUCUCUCAAAAUCAAUUCCUUUUUGAAAUACCAGAGCAGACUAGGACAAAUACUCGAUUUCCUUUGGAUAGAGCUCAAGAUCCAGACAAAGGAGAAAAUGCUGUUCAGAACUACACACUUAGUCCUAAUGGACAUUUUAGGUUGGAUGUGCAGAGUCACAGUGAUGGCAACAAAUAUGCAGAACUAGUACUGGAGAAGCCAUUAGACCGUGAGGUGGAUUCACAGCUUUUCCUGAUUCUGUCAGCUGUGGAUGGAGGGAUCCCCAAAAGAACUGGCACAACACAAAUAAUCAUUCAUGUCCUGGACACCAAUGAUAAUGCCCCUCAGUUUCAACAAUCUCAGUAUCACGUGAAACUACCAGAAAACAGCCCACAGGACACACUGGUCACUAAAGUUGAAGCCACUGAUGGGGAUAUUGGUUUCAAUGCUCAUAUCACUUAUUCUUUCAGCCAGGUAGCAGAAAAUGUGCUCAGAUCAUUCAAACUGAACAAAGAUACUGGGGAACUAACUGUUACAGGGAGAAUAGAUUAUGAGGGAAAUAGUCAUUACGAGAUGAACAUCAGAGCCACAGAUGCAGGGGGGCUGUCUGAUUACUGCAAAGUGAUUGUGGAAGUUGAGGACAGAAAUGACAAUGUCCCAGAAGUCACCAUCUCAUCUAUCACCACUCCCUUGCCAGAAGACUCUCCCCCAGACACAGUGGUGGCCCUCUUCAGUGUUACAGACCAAGACUCUGGAGAGAAUGGCAGAACGGCCUGCACCAUCAACACAAACCUGCCCUUUGCAUUGAAAGCCAUAGAGAAUAAUUGUUAUCACUUGCUUAUUCAAAGGCGUCUGGAUAGAGAAAAAGAUUCAGGGUAUAACAUCACUAUCAAAGCCACCGAUCGAGGCUCUCCCAGACUCACUUCAACGAGAAUUAUUAAAGUUCACGUCUCAGAUAUCAAUGACAACCCACCAGUGUUUCAGAGGUCAUCCUAUGAAAUGCACCUAUGGGAAAACAAUAUUCCGGGUCUACUGAUAGGUUCAGUCCAUGCUGCUGACCUGGACACUGAGCAGAAUGCCAAAGUAACUUACUCUCUCCUGCCUGGGAAGGUGGGUGAUGGCCCUGCAUCCUCUUACAUCUCCAUCAACUCUGAAACUGGGUACCUCUAUGUCCUCCGAUCUCUGGAUUAUGAGGAGAUAAAAGAGUUUCAAGCAACUGUGAGGGCCUCGGAUAGCGGCUCCCCACCUCUGAGCUCAGAAGUGAAUGUCCGAGUUUUGAUUGUGGAUGAAAAUGACAAUGCCCCCUUCAUCCUCUACCCUCUCCAGAACAGCACCUCCCCAUCCAAUGACUUGGUUCCUCGGGGGUCAGAGACUGGCUACUUAGUCACUAAGGUGGUGGCAGUGGACAGAGAUACCGGCCAGAACUCUUGGCUUUCCUAUGAACUGCUGAAGGCCACAGAGCCAGGUCUCUUCACUGUGGGGGCCCAGAAUGGAGAAGUGAAAACCAUGAGGCCAGUUAAUAAACGAGACACCUUCAAACAGAAGCUGGUUGUGGUUGUCCGGGAUCAUGGACACCCUGCCCGGUCCACCUCUGCAACCCUCAGUAUUCUUCUGGUGGAAGGCUUUUCUGAUCCCUACAUGAAAAUUAUGGAAAUUCCUAAGGGUGAAGUAGUAGAGGAGGAAGACCGAAGUCUGACUAUGUAUCUGAUCAUAUGCUUGGCAGCCAUUUCAUUUAUGUUCCUGGUUUCUGUAGUGGUGUUUAUUGGCAUCAAAAUUCAGAAGCAAAGGAAGUUCAUGGGGAACUAUAACUCUGCAAUUAAUUUCCCUGUGGGACCUAAUUUCCAGGACAAUCAUGUGGAUUCCAGUACUGGACCACCUUCCCAGGCUUACAACUAUGAGGUGUGUUUAGCAGCUGGAUCUGGGACCAAUGAAUUUAAAUUUCUCAGAUCUCUGCUGCCUUCACUAGCUGCAGAGGAAAAGAAGUCUCUGGGUUAGAUGUUUGGAAGCAUUUGUUUUUAAUAUGUCUUGUCUAUUUCAAGGCAACAUAAACCCUAAAUAAGACAAUAACUCAUUUAAUUAUUUUAGUAUAUUCCAAAAGAUAAUGAUUUGAUCUAGAGAAGAUGCUGAGGAUGGACAUGAUGGGGGAACUAUGCACUCAAGAGAAGUGCCCUUGCAUGGAAAUUGUCAUGGAGCAAGACAGCCUACUCUCAGGCUUCAGGCCUGGGUCUGAAACUGAAACAGCUUCUGUGGCUCUUGUGGAUGAUGUACGCCAGGGACCAGAUCUGGGAGAGCUCUCCGUUAGUACUGCUGGAUCAGUCAUCAGCUUUUGAUUUCACUAACUAUGGUAUCCUUCUGGAACACCUGGCAUGGCUGGGAUUAGGGAACACUAAGCUAGAGUGGUUGUGAUGAUCCUACCUGUCAGACAGGUUCUAGAAGAUGGCACUGGGGAAUGAAAUGAUCAUUUGCUUACCACAUUCCACAGAGUUAUAUACUGUUCCACAUGCUAUUUAACAUCUACUGUACAUGAAACCAUUGGCACAAGCUGCCUGGGAGUUUGGUGUUGGGUAUCAUCAAUAUGCUGAUAACAAUAUGCUGAUAUGGUAUAUUUUAUUAUCAUUCCCAGCUGUAGAUUCUGUAAUGGUUUUGAACCAUUGGAGGUGGUGAUGGGCUGGAUGAGGGUUAACAAGCUGCAAUUAAAUUCCUAGUUGGAAGAUCUACUGACCUGGGGUUGGGUUGUCGGUCUCUUCUGAAUGAGAUAGCACUCCCUUUGAAAGUGCUUGGAAGUGCUCCUGGACCCAGUCUACUCGUGGAUGGCCAGGUAGAGGUCAUGGCUUUGGCUGGUGCACCAACUGUGCCCAUUCCUGGACCUUGACACAGUAGCCAGUGUAAUUUCUCAAUUAGACUACUGUGAUGCCCUCUAAAUGGGGCUUCAAAACCCUAUGGAAACUAUGGCUGAUACAGAGUAUGGAAGCAAGGAUUCUGAUGGGCCUAGAUACUCAAGACUUCAUCACCCCACAAUUGUAUCAGCUUCACCAAUUACCAGUGUUUUGGGGGGUAAGAUUCAAGGUGACGGUUAUUACUUUUAAAGCUUUAAAUGGCUUAGGACCUAGAUAUCUGAAGAACCAACUACUUCCACAUUAACCUGCCUGGCCUAUAAGAUUCUUUAGAAAGGCUCUCCUAUGCAUCCUGCUGCCAUCCUGCUGGCAGUGACACAUGAGUGAGCCUUCUCUGAGUUGGUCCCUACCCCCUAUUCUCUCCUUCCCCCUGAACUUAAGUUGCUCCCUGUCCCCUCCUUACCUGCAAGAGGCAGCUGAAGAUGCUUCCUCUCUGUAUGAUUUUUAUGGUCUGCUAGUUUUUGAACUGUUGUCUCUUCUGCUUUUAAAACAACUCAUUUUAAUGUUACUGUUCACUGUUACUGUUUAUUGUAUUUUAUGGUGUAAUAAUUAUUACUGUAUUGUGUUUUAUGGUGUAAUAAUAAUUAUUGUAAGCUACCUCAAGUUCCUCAGAAAGUUGGCAGAGUAAACAAACAGAAUAGUUGUGCAAUGAAUGACUCUGAAAGUGUGAAAGAGUUUAACUUGAGGGUAGUAAAUAGAGUCAGAACAAGGUUCUUUCUCAAGAAUGUCAUGUUGCUGUUGCAUGAAGGUAGGCACUGGGCAGUGUCUUAAGGAUUGGCCACGGGCCUUCUAUAACUCUGGGUCCACAUCAAGUGCCCAGCUUGGCCAACCUUUGAUGCUGGGCCUGCUCUUCCCUCUAAAGCCCUAAAUAACAUGGGUCUAGCAUACCUGAAGGAUUGCCUCUUUCCUUCUGUACCUGCUCACACAUUUAGAUCACCAUUAAGGUACCCAGCUUGUGUCUGUCUGCUAUCAGUGGUGGUGUGUUGGUAGAUAGGCCUAUUGCAGUCAUUCCACCCCAGUUGUGGAAUGCGCUUCCUAGAGCAGCUUGCCUGGCUUAAUCACUGCCCUCCUUCCAUUGUAUGCCCCUGACUUAGCCAGAGGACAUUUGAGGAUGCUGCAGUCCCAUUCUUGGUUAGUGAUGGUCAUGAGAUGCUUUUUGUUGCUUUAUUUAUUUUUGGCUGGGUCUUUCUAUUUUAAAAUGAUUUUCUAUGUUUAUGGUGAUUCUUUUGAAUGUGGUAUGUGCUGCCUUGAAUAUUUAACAUGACUGAUGAGAUACACAUUAUUUUAAACACAAAUACAUAAACAGGGUUUAGUGUUGUUGUGAAACAGAUAGCAGCAAUUGGUGGCAAAGGGCAUCCGGAGUGGACUGUGAUGGUGAAGAAAACUAUGAGGCUACUGAAGGUGCAGUACUUUUUGUCCAGCUUCUAGAUAAAUGGGGUAGUUCCCUAUCUUACAGUCUUCAUCCUGUAUACUCAGGCUGGAAACGCACCAGAUUGUGUUUCCACUCCUUCUCCAAACCUUUUUCUUUUUAACCCCACUUAUGUUUGUGGUUCCCCACACCCCAUACACACUUGUCCCAUGCAGCCUUUUUAUUCACCCUUCCAGCUAAUUUCCACUGGUUGCAUCUUAAUAACCAAAUCCAGUUUUCCCUUCUUUCUGCCUCUAUUCACUCUUGGUCUUCUUCAGGGUUCUUUUCCUAUAUUUGUGGUAACCAAUUCAUCUGGUUCUAUCUGGCUUCAGGCAGAACACCCAACUGCAACCAAAUGCCCUGACUGCAUUAUCUAACAAAAAAUAUAGUCAGCAUCCAAUAUGACAACAAAUCCUUUUAUAUU